CUCAGAGGACGCUAUUAAAAGCCGGACGCUUCCGGUGCACCCGAGCUGUGGCGGGGCUUGCUGGGAUCAUGGCGGAGAAUCACUGCGAGCUCCUGCCGCCGGCCCGGGGCGGCCUCGGGGCGGGGCUGGGGGGCGGCCUGUGCCGCCGCUGCAGCGCCGGGCUCGGCGCCUUGGCCCAGCGCCCCGGCAGCGUGUCCAAGUGGGUCCGACUCAACGUCGGCGGCACCUACUUUCUCACCACUCGGCAGACGCUGUGCCGGGACCCGAAAUCCUUCCUGUACCGCUUGUGCCAGGCCGACCCCGACCUGGACUCAGACAAGGAUGAAACAGGCGCCUAUUUAAUCGACAGAGACCCCACCUAUUUUGGGCCCGUGCUGAACUACCUGAGACAUGGCAAGCUGGUGAUUAACAAAGACCUCGCGGAGGAAGGAGUGUUGGAGGAAGCAGAAUUUUACAAUAUCACCUCAUUAAUAAAACUUGUAAAGGACAAAAUUAGAGAACGAGACAGCAAAACGUCGCAGGUGCCUGUGAAGCAUGUGUACCGCGUGCUGCAGUGCCAGGAGGAGGAGCUCACGCAGAUGGUGUCCACCAUGUCCGACGGCUGGAAGUUCGAGCAGCUGGUCAGCAUCGGCUCCUCUUACAACUAUGGGAAUGAAGACCAAGCUGAGUUCCUCUGUGUGGUGUCCAAGGAGCUGCACAACACCCCGUACGGUACGGCCAGUGAGCCCAGCGAGAAGGCCAAGAUUUUGCAAGAACGAGGCUCAAGGAUGUGAGGGGCACAGUGUUGACAGCUGAAGAAAUGAUUGACGUUUUCCCGAGAUGUAAUGAACUGCCAUGUCCAGGAAGCUUGGCUGUGAGGAGAAACCUGCUUUUGAUCAUUUUUCUAGAGAUCUGGGUGUGAAUCCUUUUUUGCCUCUGAGGUGGGUGGUGAGAGACGGGCCCAGCUGUCCAAGGCCAGACGUCCCCAAGUGGGGGGAGCGCGGCGGCCGGGUGGGCGCUGCCUCUUGGGGGGGCCUCGAUCUGUUUUUUCCAAGUGCCACAUGGGACUGAGGCAGACACUCCCAGUCAGCCCGCUCAAUCCUGAAGAUCGUGUGAAGGAAGCGUCCUUGGUGCUACACACAGUCUGGAAAAGCAGCCUGGGCUCCACUGGCAGGAAGCGGCCGCAGCCGCGUCGGUGUCCAGCACGUCGUGGCCUCUGGUCCAACCGCCAGGCCCUAGUGUCGGUCAGGGAGUCUGCUCUGCCUCCCAGGCAGGACCGCUGGUUUCUCUCAACCUUGCAGAGCUCCUGACAAAGGCGGCUUCUCCGUCGUCGCUACUUCCCGGCGCCAUUCCGAGGCCGGGCCUUCUUCUGACACAGGCUCCAACCCCGCCUGACCAAGCCCAGAACAGUCAAGGCUUCUCAAUUUGUAUUUUCCAGGCAAGAGAACUUUGUACCCCUUUUCUGUGUGGAUAGACUCCCCAGUGUUUAUACUCUGGAAAUGCCCACAGGGCUUGCUGCGUGGAGACUGAUCUGUUCCACCCGUUAGCGCGAGGUAGCAGUGUCGCCUCGUCCCUCCAACUGCGGGCUCACGGGGAGCUGGCGCCUGUCAGUGCCUUGUCGCGCCUGGCAUAGAGGUUGGGCUGGAGGCCUAUCCACUGGCUUCUGGAGCUGAAGGUCUGGGUCACGGUGAAAAUUCGGGAUGUUUACAGAGCAUCACAAAUGCCUCUCUCUCGCCGCUCUCUCAUUUUCUUUGUAUAACUAUGCAGCCUUCCCUCUCUUUCUGGGAUGUUUGGGACUUCACUCAACCUGCACGGGCUCUGCCCAACAUGCCGUGGGAGCUGCUGGGAUUCCUUUAGAAACCGCUGCCCGCAUGCUUUGAAAACAGACCUUUCUCAGCUGGCUGUGGGGACCUGUCAAGAGUCUGGGGACCUGGCGUGCAGGGCAGGCUCCAAGCGCUUUGCUUCCGGAACUCUGGCUUCCCAAGGGGCACUGUGCAGACUGACCACCGGCCUCCCACCUGCAGGUCAGAGGCUCUGACACUGUCUGGUUUCCAAUGCUUCUGGAGACUUCCUGCCUAGGCCUCAUCCUCUUCUUUGCCAGUCACCUGAUUAACAAAUUCUCCAGCAUUAGGACUUACCUCCUUCUUUUUGUAAGGUCUCUUGUAUGUUGUUAAAUGUUUGGCUUAAACAAUUUAUAAAAGCCUUUCUAGAAGGCAGACUUAGCCAUGGCCGACCCUGUCCUCCCCAGCAGAGCCUGGGAGGGAGGCGGCCGCUGCGGCUCCUGGGCGCCCUCUUUGGGGAGCUGCUGGCCGCUUAGCGUUGUUUGAUUUUUGACCUUGACAUAGUAGAUAGGCUUGUGGUUUUUUUAAUUUAAACAUAUUAAGACUUAAUUCACUAAAAUUUAUUCUAAGGGGAUAUUUAUACUUUUAUACUUUUUUAGGUAUCGUAUUUUAUCAGCUUACAGUUUAAUGCCUAAGUUUCCCCUGGAAAUAGCAAAUAAAAUUGUGUAUUUAUGAA